AUGGAACAAAAAAUUAUGUUUCUCUUAUUUAUUAAAAUCCUGGGGUUUAUCCUUUUAGGUUCCAUAUAUCAUUUUUAUAAUGAUAAGAUUUCUCUUAAUAAAUUAAUGAAUGAGAAUUGCAAAAUUUUUAGAAGAUUUGAUACAAGAAAUUACAGAUUACUAUCAAAGUAUAAACAAAAUAAGGACUCAGAUAUGUUAGGGUUAAACGAUAUACCAAUUAAUGGAAAGCCAAACAAAGGAAAAAUCAAACAUUCUACAAGAAGUUCAUUAAACAAGGCACAAUAUUAUACAGAGGUUAUAGAUUAUAUUAAUGGAAUGUUUGAUGGAAAACACUUUCAUUUUGAAAAAAAGUUGAUAAAAAAAAAAGAUUAUGAUGACUUUCUUGAAGAAAAAAGGAGAACUCGUGAUAUAGCUUUAAAAAAAAUAAAAUUUAGAAAUUACGGUUUUGGAGCCUUUAUAUUUUUUCAUUUCAUUGUGUUGGGAAUAGGAUUACCCAUAUUACAAGGCUUUAAUAAGUUAAAAGAUGCAGGAGAUUGGCUUAAAACUUCAUUAAAUCUGAGCAACAUAUGGGAAGCUGUAGAAGGAUAUCUAGGUGAAGCAAAAUAUUAUUUUUUUCUAAUAUGUUUUGGUGCAAUUAUCGCUAUAUUAGCCAUCAUAAUUAUAAUAUCAAUUCCUAAAAUCUUAAGUAAUAAUGAAAAAUAUAAAAGAAUUAAAUAUAUGAAUGAGUAA